AAAAAAAAAAACAUAAAUGAUCAGUAACAGUGGAAAAUACACACACAUGUGGUGUAUAUAUAUAUAGGAGUAUGGGAAGAGGAGAUUGGUUGUCUUCUCUGUCUUGUAAUAUAAAGAAGCUAGAAAGUGUUUUAAUUUUCCAAGUGUCGGUGAAUUCCCAAACCUUCUCUUCUUUCUUCUCCUCACGUCUUUAAACUCUCUUCCCUUCGCAUGUAACCCUUUCGUCUCAAGAAACACAGAUCGCUAGUAAACGCCAAUGAUUCUGUGAUUUUUUUUUUUUUGGAAUUUUCAAUGGAGACGGGAGCGAAAGUAACGGCGGCGACGAUGGGGAUGGGGACGAGGAAAAGAGAUCUGAAACCGUACAAAGGGAUACGGAUGAGGAAAUGGGGGAAGUGGGUGGCUGAGAUUAGAGAACCCAACAAGCGUUCGAGGAUCUGGCUCGGCUCUUACUCCACUCCUGAAGCGGCGGCGAGAGCCUACGACACUGCUGUUUUCUACCUCCGUGGUCCUUCGGCGAGGCUCAAUUUCCCGGAGCUUUUGGCCGGUCUCACGGGUUCAGGCGGUGGAGAUAUGUCGGCGGCGUGUAUAAGGAGGAAGGCGGCGGAGGUUGGUGCUCAGGUGGAUGCGCUCGGAGCGAUGGUGGUGGUGAAACCCGACGAGAGUCUCGGUGGUUACGAGGAUAAGGAGGAUGGUCAUGGGCUUAAGAGCGGUUACGGGUCAUUGGAACGGGUUGAUUUGAAUAAAUUACCCGACCCGGAAAAUGAGGACGACGACCAAUGGGUGAAGAGGAGAUAGAAGUUAAAAAAAAAAAAAUAAUAAAAAAGUAGUUGUAGAAUAAGAAUGUUUGUCUCUAUGAUGCGCCUCUAUGAUACACCGUGGUUGUUAAGAUGCGCAGUCCAUUUUAUUUUUGUUACAUCACUCGAUGGAAGAUUUAAAACGCACAUCACACAUUUGCCACUUACAAUUUGCAAAUAGAUUGCAAGUGAAUUAGCUAUGAUGAUUCAACGGAUUGUACGGUCUUUGGUAUUGACGGCACACGUAUUCGAUUGGAGGGCUACUCAAUAGGUUGAAUACAAUUGGUUGUUACAUGUUUUGGUCGGUUGGUUUACUUUCAGAGGUGUUCUGAUUUCGUGUGUCAUGAUUAACAUAAGAGAAUAAGUAUUUUUUACGUGUUCGUGCUUCUUUUGCGAAAGAAUCGGCG